UACAGCGACCGGUGAAAAACACCUGAGGAAUACUUACCCGCUUUGCGCAACUCUUUCUUACAUAUUUUAAGUAGUAUACCGAGUGCUUUCGAAAAGUUUUGCGUCAUGGAAAAGGAGCCGCAACCAGAAUCCAUGGCGACGGUUACCAUCAAGCCGGAGUACACCCCUUCGGAGUAUUCGGCCUCUGAACCACCACCGGCGUAUAUGAAAAUCCGUAGUACUUCAGUCCAAAUAUCCAAGAUUAUAGCAGUAACCGUCGUAGUAUGUUCUGUAAUUCUGGGAGGAUUCUUGCUAGCUUCUGCCUACGUCUCAGCUAAUGCUUCAUGCAGGCAGUUGGAGCAUGAACUUGAGCUCCUCAGCGAAGCAGCAGACAGGUUUCAGUCCCCAUUGCAACCCGAAGCACUUAUCCAAGACCCACCACCAACACCCGUCAACGCUAAACGUCAAGUAGAAACUCUCAAUGUUGAUGAGCCAUCGCAUACCACAAAAGAACUAACCAACCAUAUCGACGACGAUGACUCCUCAUCUUCGUCUGAGAGCGAAUCGACUGAUUCCGAUGAUCUUCCUACCAAAGACCCCAAGAUUGCCAAAGUUCCAGUCCAGAUGGAUAUGGAAGAGCUGAUUUCUCAUUUACUCGAGAAGAACCAAAAAUCCAAAAUGAACUGUGUAGUGGAAAAGAAGAGAGCAGAAGAAUUUGUAGAUCAUCAACCUAAAACAGUGAGGUUACCAUUCGGAAUCAACCUUACCACCAACCCUAGAUUCGAGAAAUUGACCGGCGAACGUAUGGUCAUUGUUUGUGAAAGUGGAACCAUGCAAAGUGCUGAAGCACCUAUGAGACCAAAGGAAGAAAAAGAAGACGAUUCCGAAGAAGAUGACCAAGAAACGAUUAUGAUUCAACCAGUAAUGAUCCCCAUUCCUCAAAGCCCAUUCAAUACCCAUAUGUCCCAGCAAAUGGCACCAAUGGCUGCACAACGACCAGAACAAAUGCGUCCAAUGGGAGCUCCAGUAUUUCAUAUUGAAAACAUGAGGCCUCCCAUGAUGCACCAGCAACCACCUUCUCAAAUGCCAGUACGUCCUCCAAUGCAACCACAGAUCCAGAUUCAGAUGCAGCCCCAACAACCCCAACAACAAGGCGAUUUCCCACCAAACCCAAUCUUGCAGCACAUCGUACAACAGAUUGUUGCACAGAAAAUUAUGGAAAGCCAAAAGUUACGGGAACAACAAAUGAGAGAGCAGCAACAACAACAGCAGCAACAACAGCAACAAAAAGAAGUCAGACCUGAACCAGCCCAAGAAAUUGAAGAACGCCCAAGAUUUCUUCAGAUUGAACAAAUCGGACAACCGAUCAAUGGACAAAGAUUGCCAAUUCCAGAAGAAGUUUUGUCUCAACUGAACAGAUUACCCAACCGUGACGUUAUCGUAGCUGUAUCAGAAACUGAUUCUGAAGAUGCUCCCCAAGAAGUGCAAUACGUUCAAGAGCAAAGACAAAGUGCCAACGAAAUGAACGGAAGACAAACUUAUACUAGAGCUAUUCCCAUUAACCUUCCAGUAAACAUAGCUCCUCAAGAUCAAGAAUCUCAGGAACAAGAGCAACAACAAGAGGAAAUCAGACCUCACUUUGUUCAACCCAGAUCAGUCUGAAGUCUGGAUAUUCCCUCCAAGAGGAGAAAAUAGUGUGAUUUAACUAAUUACCUAAUCACAUGUUUACCAAUAAAAAUCACCUAAGUAGAUAACUAGUGACACAGUUAGUUGUACUAAUUAAGAUUUUCUAAUUGUAAAUAUAAUAUAUGGGUAGGUUGUACCUCUAUUGAUGUGCAUUUUGUAAAGAUUAUUUUCUUAAAAAAAAAUAAAGUAGCAGCUUU